AUGGACGCUGGGCGCGUGGCUGGGCUGCUGCUUCGGGCACGGGGCAGCUCUGGCGCUGCUGCUGGUGGCUGGGAGCUAUGCCUGGCAGGUGGCCUUCAUGAUGCUCUUGGCCCACUUCAUCAUGACGCUGGGCAUGGCUGCGAGAACUUGGGGCAGCAUGAGAAGCUGUGGCAGUUCGCCAACCUCCACUACACCCUGGCGGCUCUCCAGAUCUUCGGGCUGGGCACCUUGCUGAGCGUGAACGGCUUGGGCGCCGGCAGCGUGGAGGAGCUGGCGGUGAACGGAACCAGCGCAGGCCACCUAGCCUGGGGCACCUCUCUGCUGCUCAGCUCUUCGGAGCGCCUCUUCCUGGCGACGGGGCUGCCGCCGGCCGCAAACGAAACCAGCCCGGCGCUGCAGGCGCCACGAUGCUUCUUCACAGAGAUGUCGCCGCAGGUGCUCUUCAUUGCCCGGCAAGGCUCCGAGGACGGGCUUUGGGCCAUGGACGUGAACAACUCCCUGCGGCUGGUGCACAGCUUCGGGCAGGGCCUCGUGCAGUCUGUGCAGCUGGUGAACAGCUCCCUGGCCAUCGAGGUGCUGCUGCCGCAGUGCGGCGCGGAGAGCCGGCGCCGGCUGCUGAGCGACGGCCUUAGCGUGCAGGGCGACGCGGAGUGCGGCCGCCCCACGCAGGGCAGUCUGCUGGGGCAGCUCUUCCUGGCAUCUCUGCCGGCCUCGCUGCUCUCGGCGCUGCUGUGCGCACGCUGGCCGGGGCUCACGGCCACCCUGUUCUUGGGGCUGUACAGCAUCGUAGUGGUGAUCCGUCUCCUGGCGGAUGCCGACCUCAGCACUUUGCACGAGUUCCUCUACACAUCCUUCACCAUCUAUAGCACUCUGGCCUUGUUGGCCGUGAUUUUGCUGCACACGCUGCGGCCCGGGGAGGACUGGGAGCAGGUGAAGGCUUGGUCCUCCUGCGUGGCGGGCGUUGGCUUCUUCGCGGCCAUCCAGCUGCGCCUGGACGUGCCCUUCGCGCCGGACGCGUGGAGAUGGGUGGUCUUCGGGGUGCUGGGCCUGCUGCAGCUGGUGCUGGGCCAGCUACUCGAGCGCCGGCUGCUGUGCCUGCUGGGCCUGGCCGCGCUGCAGCUGGCCAUCGGCAAGGGAAUCCUGGAGGCCACCGCCUUGCUGGGCGUGGGCUUCGCGGCCUACCGGGCGCUGCAGCUCGGCUUCCUGGGCCUCUCGGGGGCAUUUCUGCUGACCUGGGACGCCGUCCCGGAGGACGUCAAGGUCCAGCCAGAGCUCCCGACGGCUCCGGAACCGGCGCCAGCGUGGGUCGAGGAAGCUGCGCCUGCGCCGGCGCCGCCCAAGCCGAAGGCGGACGCGGAGAACGUCGCGCUGUCGUUCCUGGGCGGGGCGCUAGCAAUGCACGCCAACAUUUUGAAGGAUCAUCAGCGGGAACCUUCCAGAAGACUCAGAAGCUCAUGGAGGAGCACAGGCAGCAGCCCCCGGUGCCCGCUUUGA